AUGAAGUCUACGUUUUUGUCUGCGGCUGUUGCUGCUGCUGUCGGCAUCUGUCAUGCUCAGAAACAGGGUGAUUGGGGCAGCGAUUCCUUCACCGUGGUCACGACGACCAUCACGAAUACUCAUUAUGUCUGUCCUUGCGACCCCACAAGCUCAAUGCCAGUGUCCCCGUACUCCUUGCCGCCGUACCCAGCUAAGGACAGUUCUACAUGGACAAUCCAUGAUCAUUCAUCCGGUCCAGAUUUUAUAGGCAGCGGGUAUACAUGGCUUGAUUGGAACACUGUUUCUCCAGAAAUAAGCAGCACUCCAAGCGGUUCUUGGGGUCCUUCGCAUGCGAGCACUCUUCUGACGAGCGGGUCACCUGGCACAUCGACCAUGUAUUCAAGGACUUAUCCAAGAAGCUCUUCUAGUCCCCAGAGUUCUGCUAUCUCUCCCACCUUGAGAACCGGUACCUCGACUACACCCAUGGUUUCGAUCCUUACUUCCACGUCCGCUUUGUCUUCCACGACGCCGUCCCAAAUUGCAAGUACCUCUCAAAGCGAGCCUGCCAUAUAUUCAAGAUAUACCUCAACGAGCGUGGCCACCACGUUAUCACAAAGCACAGCCCCGACACCAUUCACUACAUCUUUAGCACCGACCUCGACGAGCACGACUUCUACCGAUCCCUUGGACAAGCAGAUAAGCAGCAGCACUCCAAGUUCUACAAGCGUCUCAACAAGUACUAGUACCUCGACUAGUUCUAGCUCUAUUAGUUCUAUAAGUACCUCGACAAUUUUUGCAAUCGCUCUGAUUAGCACAACGACUAGUGAUUCUGCCAGGAUCCCGACGAGCACAACUACCUCUACUCCCGCUGCUGCAAGCUUUACGAGCUUCAGCUCCUCUUCAACCACAACAUCAAUCACAACGUCUUCAACAACCACGUCGAGACCUGUCACAACGACCAGCGCGUCAUCUUCCCCCACCUUAACUUGUGUUGGAGAUUUUAUAACCGACGGUGGCUUCGAAGAAGUCAAUGACGGUUCCUUGGAUAAUUUGGGCUCUGUGCCCGUCGCCGGAGGUGGUUGGAGUAUUAGUAGCGAAGCCUACUACGAUAGCAAUUUGAUCAACUAUGACGGUUAUAACACUCCCUACGGCAACAAGUUCGUGGCCUUCAAGGGUUACAGCACAACACUCCCGACCCUUUCCCAAGAGAUCGACUCUUUGGAUUCUACCGGCUCAACGACCUACGUCCUAUCAUUCGAUUACGACAUACCCCUUACUAGAGUUUCCAGUUUCGGCUGGUGUGUCUUGACUGCCCUCUUGACUGAUUUAUCAGGUCUUGAACCACCGUUGCCCACCACACUCAUGACAUACUUUGGCGGUCCACUUGGAGGAUGGCAAUCAUACACGAGUGACCCUAUCUUUGCGAACUCAAUUUCCGCGACACUGAGCAUCAACUGGGACUGCAGUGCUCUAGCUGAUGGGGAAGAAAUGGAUUUCACGAUUGAUAAUGUCAGUUUGACGGCGGUCAGUGGUCCAUGCGCUCCUGCGGGACCUUCUUCCUCCUCUAGCUCUACUUCAAGCCUAACUUCAAGCCUAACCACCACUGCAAGCACGACGUCAAGCAUUCCUACUAGCUCUGCGUUAGUCACCACGACUAGUUCUCCCACAGUCACUACGACAACCACCACGGCAACUACUAUCACGAGUACAGCAGUCGCUAUUCCCUCUGCAACCGGAACCUGCCUUCAGCAAUCCGACCAAUUCUUCGUCAGCAAUGGAGAGAAGUUUACCAAGUACUGCAGCACCUACUAUUUCGGACAAACAUUGAUCAAGACGAGUCCGGGUUUCACUGGCGGUUACGGAGGAUGCGCAGAGGCCUGCUCCAAGAACUCGCAAUGCACGUCGUUUGUAUACCAGACCAGCCCUGCUCUGACCUGCGAUUUCUGGAGCGGUCCACUAACCAACGGCUCACCUGGUUCAGCCAGAGCCAACUUUGACACCGGUAUCUUAGCGUAG